UCUACUCAAAACAGCUCAAGGCGACUCUGUCCUCUGUACACGGUUUCGCGUUGACUUGCGGAUUUAAUUGUGAGAUUAUUGAGAACUCAACUUCUCUCUGCUUUUAAUCUAAGAUAUUUGCAAUUGUAUAUUUUUUUCGGUUGGAUCUAAAUCAGCUCAGGAACAGAAAGGGAGUUUCCAGUUCUGUUCUGCAAUCUUCAUUCAUUCUUAUCCGUUGAACAAGAUUAUUCCACAAUCCAACUACGCCAUAUUGAUUAUUGGGAUUGGUCAAUAUUCUCAAAUUUUAGAGUGUUGGCCCUAUUCUGCAAAUUGGUUUUGCUCUUGAUUCAGAUCAGAUUUUGUUUGUUUCCAAUAAGAAAGAACCAAGAAAAUGCCUCUGGCGGAGCUCUUUCUUUCUGCAUUCAUUCAGGCACUGUUUCAGCAAUUAGCUUCAAGUCUGGUGGUGGCCUUCACCCGCCGGGAGAGAAUUGAUACCCACUGCAACAAAUGGCAACAAAAUCUGUCUUUUAUUCAGGCGGUGAUCGAUGAUGCUGAAAAUAAGCAAUUAACUGAUCAAGCUGUAAAAGUAUGGCUGGAGGGGCUCAGGGACUUGUUCUAUGACUUGGAAGAUAUAUUGGAAGAGAUUACCACUCAAGCUUUGAUUCAACAACAUGAAGGAGUUCUGCCCAGAACAAGUCUGUUGCGGAAAUUGAUCCCUACUUGCAGCAGUUUAUUACCUGCUUCACUUGCAUCCAACCAUAGGAUGGUGUCCAAGGUAAAAGAAAUCUCAAACAGAUUUGAUGAUAUCGUGAAGCUUAGGAAUGGUUUGAAAUUGGAAGAGAAUUUGGGUGGGAAUUCUAACCGAUGGAUGGUAACCAGAUUGCCUAGCACUUCCUUAAAUGAGCCCCACAUUUAUGGAAGAGACAAGGAUAAAGAAGCCAUACGGGAAUUGUUGAUUGGUGAGGGGGUGUGUCAAGAUGAUGUUUGCUACGUUCCAAUUGUUGGGAUGGGUGGAAUUGGCAAAACGACUCUUGCCCAACUUGUCUAUAAUGAUAGAGAUGUUAAGGGAAGUUUUCAUGUGAGGGCUUGGGUUUGUGUAUCUGAUUUUGAUGUGUUUACAAUAACCAAGAUAAUUCACAAGGCAGUGACUGAUGAUAGCGGUGAAUCUAAGGACUUAAAUAUGCUUCAAGUCAGUUUACAGCAGGAGUUGUCGAAGAGCAAGUUCCUUAUUGUUCUUGACGAUAUUUGGAAUGAGGACUAUGAAAAAUGGAACACGCUAUGUCGUCCUUUCCAUGGCGGGCAACCUGGAAGUCGAAUUAUCGUUACAACUCGCCUUGAUCAUAUUGCAUCGAAGGUGGGGUCUGUUCCAGCAUACUCUAUGAAGAUGUUGACAGAUGGUGAUUGCUUAGAUCUUUUAGCUCAUCACGCUAAAAGAGGUUCUAUAGAUGCUGAUCCAGAUUUAAGAGAAAUUGGUAAGGGACUAGUGAAGAAGUGUAAAGGAUUGCCUUUGGCAGCAAAAGCACUCGGUGGCCUCCUACGUUCUAAGGGAAGUAAGGAAGAGUGGGCAGAUGUGCUGAAGAGCAAGAUAUGGGAUUUACCAGAAGAAAACAACAUUCUUCCUGUUUUAAGAUUAAGCUAUCAUCAUCUGCCUUCGCAUUUGAAGCAUUUGUUUGCUUAUUGUUCCAUAUUUCCAAAAGACUAUGAGUUUGACAAGAAUGAGCUGGUGUUAUUGUGGAUGGGAGAAGGUUUUCUGCACCAAAAAAGAGGGAAUAAAGAGAUGGAAGAGUUAGGCUUCGAGUGUUUUAAUGAACUAUUGUUGAGAUCCUUUUUCCAACGACUAAGUGGCACUGAUUCACGUUUUGUGAUGCAUGACCUUAUGAAUGAUUUGGCUCAACUUGUUGCUGGAGGGAAGUGCUACAGGCUUGAUGAGAAGGUAAAUACUAACAACGAAUAUAGAGUACCAGAAAAAACUCGCCAUGCUUCAUUCCUGCGUCAUGAAUUUGAAGUUUACACAAAAUUCAGGGCAUUCAAACAAGUUCAAGGUUUGAGAACUUUUAUACCGAUGCCUGUCCAAAAUUCACACGUUUGGCCUCCUUUCUACUUAUCCAACAAGAUCUUACUUGAAUUGCUUCCAGAGCUUCAUCGCUUAAGAGUGCUAUCUCUAAGCGGCUAUUCCAUCACUGAGCUUCCAAGUAACAUCUGCAAGUUGUUACAUAUACGGUACCUCAAUCUAUCUGGCACUUCUAUUGUUUCAUUGCCCGACUCUAUAAGUGAUCUCUUCAACUUGCUCACUUUAUCAUUAAGUAAUUGCCGCUUUAUCUGUCGGUUACCAUCGGCAGUAGGAAGUUUAUCCAAACUACGGCAUCUUGACAUCUCUAACACUGAUCAACUGAGGGAAAUGCCGAUCGAAAUCGGUAAUUUGAAAAGCCUGCGGACAUUACCAAAACUUGUUGUCAGCAAAGUCGGUGGCUUGGGACUGAGGGAAUUGAGGAAUCUUGAGCAUUUGCGGGGGACACUUGCCAUUUCAGAAUUGCAAAAUGUGACGGACAUCGAGGAUGCAAAGGAGGCAUGCUUAAGGCAUAAGCAAGAACUCGUUGAAUUACAACUGGCAUGGGGAAAUGAUAUUGAUGUUUCUAUUGAAAGGAGUUCUGAAAAAGAAGUGCUAGACAUGCUACAGCCUCAUGAAAACUUAAGAAAUCUCAAGAUUGAAUUCUAUAGAGGUGAAAACUUCCCAAGUUGGGUAGGGGAUAAAUUAUUUUGCGAAUUGUUGAGUAUAAGCCUCGGCAGCUGUAGUGAAUGUACAUCUUUACCCCCACUUGGGCAACUUCCCAAGCUCAAACAUCUGCGCAUAGAAGGCAUGCGAAAAGUAAAACACGUUGGUGUUGAAUUUUGUGGUUCUGUGGUUGUCCCAUUUCAAAGACUCGAGAGUCUAAGAUUUUAUGACAUGCCAGAAUGGGAAACAUGGUCCCGUUCUGCAGAUGGUGAGGUAUCUGAGAACCAGUUCCCUCAUCUUACUCAGCUUACUAUAUUCAAAUGCCCCAAGUUAACUAAUGUUUCUCCAUUGAAGCUUCCCAUUCUUCAUGAGUUGGACCUUCAGGAAUGCAACAAUGUAGUGUUACGAAGUUUCAGUAAUCUUAGUAAGUUAAACUACUUGAAAGUUGAGUCUGUUACAGGGCUAUCUCAUCUACCGGGGGAACUUCUGCAGUCCACUGAAUCACUUGAAGUUUUAGAGUGUUGUAAUUGCAGGGAACUGCUUUCACUGUGGGAAAAUGGAGUUACAGUAGAACAUCUUGUCCGGCUACGACGUCUCGUCGUUGCCGACUGUUCGGAACUUGUAUCCCUUUGUGAAGAGGAGCAACAGAUGCCUUGCAAUCUUGAAGUUCUGGAAUUAUUUCGCUGUGCAAGUUUAAUGUCCAUUCCAAACAUAAGCAACCUUAGGAUCCUGAGGGAGUUUAUAAUCAAGAAUUGCCAAAGACUUGUCAGCUUUUCGGAAAAUGGCGUCCCUCCCAUGCUUCGACGCCUUGAGAUACUCAGCUGCAAUGCCCUAGAAUCCCUGCCUCGUAGCUUCUCAAACCUUGAAAGGUUGGAGAUUAAGGACUGCUCGUCUCUGAGGACCUGUUUGGAUGGUAACUUCGCUAUCACACUUAAAAAACUUUCCAUCAAAAACUGCAAUCAACUUGCAGAGGCAAUGCUUCCUCCGAACAGUGACAUUUCUCUGGAAGAGCUUACUAUAUCUAAAUGGCUGAAUUUCAGCUCUCUAGUUCAGCAUGUGCACAGCUUUUCGCAUCUUUUUGAACUGUAUCUUUCUGAUUGUAAUGGUCUAGAUAACUUCCCAGAGCAAGGAUUGCCACCAAACUUGAGGACACUUUCCAUCGAACAUUGUUCAAAUCUUAAGUCCUUGCCAAUGCAGAUUCGAAACCUCACAUCCCUCGUAUCACUUGAGAUACGUACUUGUCGCAGGCUUCAGAGCUUCCCAAGAUGUGAUUUUCCCCCAAAUUUAUCUUCACUAAGGAUCUGGGAUUCUAGGAAACUCAAGCCUCUAGCAAGGUGGGGCCUACACAGACUAACCUCUCUUCGAGAAUUUUCUAUCUGUGGUGGAUUUCAAGAACUCGAGUUUCUUGGUGAUGAUGGUGGUCUCUUUCCUCGUUCUCUAAUAAAGUUUUCUAUUGCUAGAUUUCCGAAACUUACUUCGCUCUCUAAGGUUCUUGAAAACCUCACUUCUCUGCAACACCUAUCAAUCAUGAAUUGUACGAGCCUUAGUGUUUUGCCCAGUGAAAACCUUCUCGACAAGCUUUGGCAUCUAGAGAUAAGUGACUGUCCCCCUCUGAAACAUAGGUGUCUCAAAGAUAAAGGGGAGUAUUGGAACAAGAUAUCUGGAAUUCCUUGUGUAGAAUUAGACGGCACUUACAUUUACAGACAGAGUUCGGGUUAAGCUGCUGUAAUUUUCCAUCGUUAGAGGGUAUCAGAGACCAUAUCUUUACUGCAUUAUCAGUUUGCCAGCACUGUCUAAAACUGUCUAUGCAUGCAUGAAAAAGAGAACAACAGUUUCGAUCAAGGGGUGAAUGAACUUUCAAUAUGGUGACCGACGACCUAUUUGAUUGAAGCAUUAUCGUAUCUUUGAUGCUUGCUCUCGACAUGCUACCACAGCAAGAAGUAAGAAAAAUUAUACAAAUUUUAAGCCUCUAAAUGCAGACCCAAGGUUGUGUUACUGCAAGUCUGGUAUUUUCUUUAGAUCUAAAUGCUUUGAUUGGGAUUUCAGAAUACUUUCUUACAUUUCAGAAUAUUUCUGAAUACUUUCUUACAUUUUCUAUGCCGAUAUUGCAAGGAUGUGCUUAACCAACUAUUGUUUGUCUCAUGUAUUUGGCAAGUUAAUUUUAGGUGUCGUUUUGUUGAACGCUUUAUCUGAAAAAGCUUAAACUCUUAUAAAGUGGACAAAUUAUUUAUUUAAA